AGGUUGGAUGACUUGUUGGCUGGGGUUGGGAUGGAGUCGGAUUGGGAUGUGCUGAGAGUGGGGGGAGCGGUUACCGCCACGUGCCUGCUGCUGUGGGCGACUUGGGGGGCGGGCUACACAGUCUGUGUUUACCUGCUGCAGGCACGCCGGGGCAAGCCCUGGCCCCGGGCGCACAGAGCCUGGGCAGUGGUGACAGGGGCCACCAACGGCAUCAGCAAGGCUUAUGCACAUGAGCUCGCCGGGAGAGGUCUGAACAUCGUCCUCAUCCGUGGAGACCUGAGCACGUUGGAGCACGAGGCAAAGGCGAUAGAGAGGCUUCUUGGCAAAAGCACACGAGUCAUCCAGGUGGAUUUCACCGGAGGCUUGGAGACCUACGAGGCCAUUGAGGCAGGACUGAAGGACCUGGAGAUCGGAGUACUGAUAAACAAUGUGGGCAAGCAGUAUGCACCUGGCUUGAGGAAACUGCUCGACUGUGAGGACAUCGCCUAAAAAUUCUUGGAUGUUAUAAACUGCAACAUGAUGUCUGUGGUCCAGAUGACUAGAAUCGUCCUGCCCCAAAUGGUCACCAGCAGCAAAGGUAUCAUCAUCAACAUAUCUUCAGUAACUGACAGGAGCCCCUAUCCAUUUGCAGCAGUGUAUGCAGACACCACGGCCUUUGCGCGAAGCUUCUCCGUGGCAGUGGGCGCAGAGUACCACUCCGAGGGGGUCAUUGUGCAAACAGUGAGCCCCUUUUUGGUUGAAACAAAUCCCUUGAAAAGCGGGCUGCUCGUGGUGAGUCCCGAGGACUUCGCUUGGCAGGCGUUGGACACACUUGGCCUCACCUCCCAAACCCCUGAGUGCCUCCGCCACGCUGUGCAGGGUUUCCUGCUGACCAUCUUCCUGCCCAGCUGGUUUUUUCUCAGUCGCUGGGGAUUAAAGCUUUUAUCUCUGUUGGUGAGCUGGAAUCGGGCACGGUUUCUUCGUAACAGAACUUGACUAAAGGCCUUGAAGAGGCGUGGCCACAUGUCCAUCGUUCCCCACCCCCACCCCCGCCCCCUCCAGAAUCCUAGGCCAGGGCUGUUGUUAGCAAAGACUUCCCACAUAUCGAAACAGAUGGACAAGCAGACCAAUGGAACGUAAGUGGACCCCCGAACACCCAGAAAUUUAGUAACAGCUGCAGCAUCUCAAAUCUCUGGCAGAAAGUUGGAGUUUUUAAUAUGUGGCGCUGAGACUAGAUAGACAUUUGGAGAAAAACAAGCAAACAGAUAUAUACACACAUAGAUACGUACAUAUAUAGAUUGUAGCGAUGAUGGCUGCACAACUUUGUGAAAUACUAAAACCCA